AUGGAUUUUAACCCUAACGACAUUCUCGAAAAGCUUCCUGAGCUCUCCGACGACCUAACACAUCCUAGCCAGGUGGCAAUUCGAACAUUCGCAUUAUCCUUGUCUUUGUCAUUAGGUCCAUCUCUAGUCCCUUUCGUUCUAUCAUUUAUCACAGGCCGGCGCUCGCAGAAAACUGGCUUAGCAGCCUUGAGAAAGGUCCUUCGCAGAGAGUUGGGAUAUGAUAGUUUUGCUUCCGCCGUGACACUGGCUAUAGGCGGAGGAGCUGCAUUAAAACGUUUAUGGGAAUCACUGGAAGUGAAAGAAGACGAAAACUUCGAGCAAAAGCAAAUGGGUAGUGAUAGAUGUUCAAGGUCAUGGCUUUUGUACUUCAAUUCACGACUAUCAUCUUGUCAAAAGACUUUCAUCGCCAAUCUUUUUACAUCCUCCAUAUCGAUUCUUCUCCUUCAAGCUGGCAGACGGCGCUCAGAACGUCUUCGGAACAUUCCGCGCCCAGGAGCUAUACCCUUUCCAUAUACAUAUACCCCAUCUAAUCCUUCCCUCACACCAUCUGUGCGGAGUCCCCCUUCGCCGACUCUAGAUCUCACUUUGCUCGUCCUUGUACGAGCUAUAGAUGUCGCAUUUCAAUCGAUGAUCUUGAAGUUCACCUCUAAAACAGAAGCAGAAACGCCAGAACCUGUGAAGGGAAAGCGAAAUUUCAAUAAGGAUAAAUUUCUGUUGACGACUAGACUCGAUGCUCUGGUUUUCUGGGCUUGUAGCGCACGCAUUAUGUGGUGUUUCUUUUACCAGCCCGAAAGACUGCCAUCGACGUACGUGAAAUGGAUACGGACACUUGCGGGUGUUGAUAAUCGCCUACUGCGCGUUUUACGACUCAUACGCUCUGGAGAAUGGACCUAUACGCGUGGUUCCCCUACUCAAGCCACUCUUCUCACUACCUAUGCAAAAGAUCUAGGUUAUCCUUCCUCAUGGGGUGAUCCUCUACGUGUCCCUGCAUUCGGGGGCCCCUCUGCAGAAAGGGUGUGGGAACUGAUAGGUGUGAAGGGACGUCAUGGCCUCGGUGGGGUUCCAUGUGAACUGGUACAUGGAGGAGUCGGCUCCAAAAUGUCCUUGGCCGGUAGCUGCACAGGCAACUCGAGUAUACGAGGCGUUAAAGCUUUCUUCGAAGCCGUACUUGUUUACCUUCCGGCCCAUUUUCUCCCGGUCUUAAUAACGCGUCCUCAAGUCCUUCUGCGUCCUCACCGAGUGUUAUCUACCUUCCUCGCAACUUGCCGUAGUGCGGCCUUCCUUUCUGCCUUCAUUUCGUCCUUCUGGCUUUCGGUAUGCUUCACUCGAACACUCGCUCUCGCACGUUUGUUUCCCAAUGUAUCACACGAUUUCUGGGACGGACCCCACGGAUGCAUUCUGGCCGGAUGUCUGAUGUGUGGGAGUAGUAUUUGGCUGGAAAACGGACGACGAAGAGGCGAGAUGGCAUUGUACGUUCUGCCAAGAGCUAUCAGAGCAUGUAUCCCGGAUAAAAUAAUCAGGAGCCGAAACCGCGUUGUGACAGCUUUGGAGAGGCUAACAUUUGUUCUAUCUCUAUCCACACUGCUUACUGCUGCUAUACAUAAACCAGAAUCUCUGCGAGGUUUGUCUCGAUGGGGCCUUGCGUUCAUUAUGAAAGGUCCCCACGCAGGAUUUUGGCAGCGUAGAAAAAAGAAUUUCGAGACGCGUCCCGGCACUCCAGAACCUGUGGCAUCAAAUGACAAUAUCGCAGAAUCCUUACAUUAA